UUUAUGUUAGUCGGCCCGAAUAAUCCCGUACAGCCGCGUUUACCAUUUCUAUAUCCACACAUCCUUCCUCUCUAUUUGACUCUCUCUUGCUCUCCGCCGCCUCUCUCCGUCUUCCUCAUCACAUCACAACAUGCCUCGCCGGAGCUCCGGAGGACGACCUGCUCCUCGUGCAGCACCACGCCGUAGCCCUCCUCCUCAACCAGUGCAUCAUGCUCCUCCUCCAGCUCCUGCUCAGCCAAGUGGCGGCGGAUCUAUUCUUGGAGGCAUCGGUUCAACCAUAGCUCAGGGAAUGGCUUUUGGAACUGGAAGUGCUGUGGCCCAUCGCGCUGUAGAUGCUGUAGUGGGACCUCGCACCAUUCAGCAUGAGAGUGUGGUCACUGGCGCAGCCGCUGCUACCCCUGAAGCCGCCACCAACAGCACGGGUGGUGCUGAUGCUUGCGGCAUUCACUCCAAGGCCUUCCAGGACUGCUUGAACAACUUUGGGAGCGAGAUCAGCAGGUGCCAGUUCUACUUGGACAUGUUGACCGAGUGCAGGAAGAACACGGGCUCUAUGAGUGCCUAAGACUCUGCAACCUCGUCACAUUGUGGCCAUAGGAACCCUAUUGUCUUUAUUGGAAAUGUUAUGAGGGUGAUGCAGACCGCGUCGUCUUCUGCUAUUUCAUUUCCAUCAAUAAUAAUUCCGGACGGGACCUAUGUGAACUCGAUUUCUCUAUGAAAUUGGCUAUGGCACUUGGAUUCAAGGGUUGAUUUGCCUUUGAUCAAAACCACAA